AUGGCAACGGCUGCCACCACGAGUUCGUCUUCGAGGAAUCCACCACUCCGAAAUCUCCAGACAAAGGUGAAGGCGUUGAUGGAGAUGUUUAAGUCCAUAACCACUUUCGCGAGCACUCUGGGGGAGGUUUCUUCAGCCCAACAAAUCCAUGUUCGGCUGGAGAAGCUCAACGAAUUGUGGGAUCGAAUCAACGACGCGCUGAUUGAGGUUGAAAUGCACGAGGAAUAUUCAUCGAAGGAGGCCACUUGUUCGAAUAUACGCCAGGACUUCACCACCAAAUACUACAACACGAAGGCAUCCAUGUUGGAACGCAUAAAGGAGUUGGAGGUCAAUAGCAGCGUUUUGCAUUCUACCAGAAUUAUGGACUCAUCGAUUCAACCGACCAUCGAGCAUGUAAGGCUACCGCAGAUCAAACUGCAAACGUUUGACGGCGACAUCGACCAGUGGCUGAGCUUCCGAGACCUGUAUCUAUCCCUGAUCCACACCAAGGCGGACUUACCGGAGGUUGAGAAGUUCCACUACCUGAAGGGCUGUCUCACCGGAGAAGCGAGGGCUCUCAUCGAUCCGUUGGCGCUCACAAGAGCAAAUUAUCAGGUAGCUUGGGACAUCUUAAUGGCCAGGUACAACGACAGCAAGGUGUUGAAGCGCAGGCAGAUUGGGAACCUGUUUAAAUUACCCAAGGUGACUAAGGAGUCGGCCGUGGAUAUCCAGACACUACUGGAAGGGUUCGAACGCGUCGUGCAGACCCUGGACCAGUUAGUCAAACCGGAGGAGUACAAGGACCUCCUGUUGUUGGAAAUGCUGUGCUCCAGGUUGGACCCAACAACUCGUCGUGCAUGGGAAGAACAUAGCGCUAAUCAAGACCAGGACAAGGUAGCAGAUCUUACUCAGUUCCUCCAAACUCGUGUGAAGAUCCUAGCAUCGCUCCCGUCUAAGGCGCACGAGAAUAAACCGGAAGUUUUUCAAUGGCAGAAGAAAAACAACGCUCCCAGAACGAGCCACAGCGCAACCCAGAUGAUGGCCGGAAGUUGCAUCGCUUGUCCAGAAUCCCACUUGCUGUACACAUGCCCUACAUUCCUGAGGUUGAGCGCUUCCGCUCGAGACAAGCUGCUGCGACAAAAUUCUCUGUGCAGAAACUGUUUUCGGCGUGGCCACCAAGCUUCGGAUUGCAGAUCGAACCAGGUUUGUCGCAGAUGCAGAGGGAAACACCAUACCCUAGUCUGCUUUCGAGACGAUGGCGGAAACACCAAUCAUCGCGUCACACAAUCCUUUGCACCCGUUCUAAAUCCCAACCAAACCACACCAGCAGCCAACUCGGGGUCAGUUUCAUCGAACAUGGCCAGGAAUCAUUCGUCAACAGUGCUGCUAGCUACAGCGGUCGUCUUAGUGGAAGAUGACACAGGCAAGGUUUUCCAAGCACGGGCCCUACUGGACUCGGGCUCAGAGUGCAAUUUCAUGACAGAGGGGCUCUGUCAACGUAUGAAGGUGUCUCGUAGGCGUUCGAACAUUUCCGUCCUUGGGAUUGGCCAAUCUAACACCAGCGUCAAACAUCAAGUGUCAGCGGUUAUUAGGUCAAGAAUAUCAAAUUUUUCUCGGUCGAUGGAUUUCCUUCUUCUACCCAAGGUCACAGCGGAUCUCCCUACAACCAGCGUGGCGGUUUCCUCUUGGCAGUUUCCACAAGGUGUGGAGCUAGCCGACCCGGCAUUUUUUAAAUCGAAAUCCUUGGAUAUGGUGCUAGGAAUACAGCACUUCUUCUCAUUUUUCCCGAGCCAUGCUAAAAUUCCGUUGGGAGAAGGUUUACCAAUGCUGAUAGAAUCAGUAUUCGGUUGGUUGGUAACAGGAUCCGUGGAGAACCAAGGUUCUACUUCCCGCAUCGCUUGCAAUACGGCUGCAAGGGUAGAUUUGGAUGAACUUCUCACUCGUUUUUGGUCAUGUGAAGAGAUAGGGUCUCUGAACAAUUAUUCCCCGGAAGAACAACGUUGCGAGGCGCAGUUUGUUCUAACCAAGUGCAGAAGUUCCGAUGGGCGAUACACCGUUGCGUUACCAAAGGACGAAAAGGUAUUGGCAACCAUUGGCGAGUCACGGGAGAUAGCUUACCGUCGACUUCAAUCCCUGGAACGUAGACUGGAAAAGGAGCCAGAACUACGUCAACACUACCACGGUUUUAUGGAGGAAUACUUGGAGCUUGGACACAUGCGCAGGGCGGAUGUGGGUCCAGAAAAGCGGUUUUACCUUCCCCAUCAUCCAGUCAUAAAGCAGGCUACCACAACCACCAAGGUACGAGUUGUGUUCGACGCAUCGGCUAAAAGUAGCAGCGGCAUAUCCCUCAACGAGGCGUUAUUGGUUGGACCCGUAAUCCAGGACGAGCUUCGUGCUCUCAUUAUGCGUAGUCGGAUGAAACAAAUCAUGGUGGUAGCGGAUAUCGAGAAGAUGUUCAGACAGAUCGGAAUUCAUGAAGCGGAUAUGCCCUGGCAGAGCAUCCUUUGGAGAGCUGACCCCAAGAAGGAAGUUGAAACCUUUGAAUUAGCCACCGUUACGUACGGAACGAAACCUGCGCCAUUCUUAGCGACCAGAACGUUGAAACAACUAGCCAUCGACGAGCAUCAUCGAUUCCCAGCGGCAUCCAAGGCAUUGGAGGAGGACGUUUACAUGGACGAUGUAAUAACCGGUACGGAUCUAGAAGAAGAUGCUGUCAAGUUGUGUGUAGAUCUCAUCAAGUUGACGAGUAGCGGAGGUUUUCGUCUAAGGAAGUUCGCAUCCAAUUCAGCUGCGGCCUUGAGAGAGGUGGAUUCGGAAGAUCUGGCCCUACAACAAACCGAAGAGAUAAAUCUAGAUCCUGAUCCAGCAGUAAAGACCCUCGGAUUGGUUUGGCUCCCACGCACCGAUCACUUUCGGUUCAAUUUCAACAUUGAAAGAGUUCCCAUGGACGAGCGAUUAUCCAAACGAAAAAUCCUGUCAGCCAUAGCUAUGCUAUUCGAUCCCCUGGGACUUGUAGGAGCGGUAACAGCUAGUGCGAAAAUCUUCAUGCAGCGUUUGUGGCGACUACAAGAAGACGGUAACAGAUUAGACUGGGAUCAUCCUGUACCGGUGAACGUAGAACAAGAGUGGCGAAAUUUCUACGACCAAUUACCUAUCCUGAACGCUCUUAAGAUUCAACGUUGUGCAAUCAUUCGUAAUGCAAUCAAGGUGGAAUUGCAUUUCUUUUCGGAUGCAUCGGAGCGCGCGUAUGGGGCGUGCGCAUAUAUAAGGAGCGUCGACGUCGAUGGAAAGUCCUACGUAUGUCUACUAGCAUCGAAAUCCAAGGUGGCACCGCUGAAAUGUCAAUCCAUUUCGAGACUGGAGCUUUGCGGAGCACCUUUAUCGGCGGAACUAUCCAGCAAGGUACGGGCGGCGCUUAAGAUGCAGGUCGACAUGCAUUUUUGGACGGAUUCAACGUGUGUUCUUCAGUGGUUGAAGGCAAUCCCGUCUACAUGGUCAACAUUCGUGGCUAACCGUGUUGCGAAAAUACAAACCAUUACCGAAAACUAUCCAUGGAGACACGUUCCUGGCUUGCAGAAUCCAGCAGACCUCAUCUCACGUGGUAUGGACCCAGAACAGAUAGAGGGAUGCGACCUUUGGUGGAAGGGCCCUGAAUGGUUAGGGCAAAGUCAUUUCCCGGAGCAGCCAAGAACCCUGGAAUCACAAGUAGCUGAAGAGGAAGUCCGUCGUUCAGCACACCCAGCCGCCAGUUGUGUAGCACACUAG